GUCACGUCCUCCUUCCUCCAGGUCCAGCUGAGAAAGCAGGGUCCUUUGAAACAAGAAAGACAAUCCAUAGAGGAAAGAGAAAAUUCAAAAUGUUACAGUUCCCAGCUUUCAUGACACAGUACCCAGUUUCAACAAGGACAAUUCCAACAUCGUAUUUGCUACCUUCACAGUGGCCUCAGCCUCAAAGCGAAGAGCUUCUCCUUGCCAUGGAAGAAUCCGAUUUCGAAGACAAGUGCAAUGAAAUUAGAAAGGAUGAUAGCAACCUUGCUGUGAUUGGAAAAACAACUGUUGAUAACGAUAAAGAAGAGUAUGACAAUGAUGCAGAUGAUGAUGAUGCUGAUAAUGCUGAGGAAUCUGAAGGUGAAGAAUUUGAGCAAGAAACUAGCUGAUGAUGCCCUCUCCCCUUCUAUAUCAACGAACCCUAGUAUUAUUUCUUUUUUAUUCUGGUUCGGAAUAUUCUCAAUAUCAACUUUGUACGACAACUUGUUGCUAGAGUUUAUAUCAGUUGAAAGUCUACUGUUUUUACA